UCAUGAGCUUCACAACAAUGGAGUAUCACACUUUCAUUCAUCUCUCUCUCGCUCUCCCUCCCUCUCUCUCUCCCUCCUUCCCCCUCCCUCUCAAUUCUUGCGUUAACAGUUAAAAGAAAUGGAGAAAAAAGCUUCGUCGUUGAAAAUUCGGCCUCCGACGUAUGGAAAACUCAUCACAAUCCUUAGUAUUGACGGCGGAGGAGUCCGAGGAAUCAUUCCGGGGGUUAUUCUCGGUUACCUCGAAGCCCAACUCCAGGAGUUGGAUGGAGAAGGUGCGAGGCUUGCAGACUAUUUCGAUGUAAUAGCAGGAACAAGCACCGGGGGUCUCAUCACGGCCAUGUUGUCUGCACCUGAUGCUCACAACCGUCCUCUCUUCGCUGCAAAAGACAUAGUCCCAUUUUACUUGGAGAAUUGUCCUAAAAUCUUUCCUCAAGGAUGUGGGAGCCUGGGUUCGGUCUUGAACACGAUAAAAUCUCUGACGGGGCCCAAGUACAAUGGAGUUUAUCUUCACAAAUUAAUAAGGAAGUUACUUGGAAGCACGAGAUUGCACGAUACCCUUACCAGCUUGGUCAUCCCGACUUUCGAUAUCAAAAAGCUUCAACCAGUUCUAUUUUCUUCUUAUGAGGUGUCAAAACAUUCUUUUUUAGACGCUCAAGUUUCUGACAUUUGCAUCGGCACUUCCGCUGCUCCGACGUAUUUCCCUGCCUAUUAUUUCAAGACGGAAGAUAAAGAUGGGCGAGUCCAUGAAUUUAAUCUCAUCGACGGUGGUUUGGCCGCCAACAAUCCGACAUUGAUCGCCAUCAGCGAAGUGACGAGGCAAAUCUUGAAGGAAGACCCGGAUUUCUUCGACAUCAAAUCGCCGAUAGACUACACUCGACUGCUAGUGAUUUCACUGGGGUCGGGCUCGGACACGUCGGAGCUCAAGUUUGACGCCAAGAAGGCUUCGAAGUGGGGAUUGUUCUCCUGGCUGUACGAGGACGGCUCGAGCCCUUUGAUAGAUGCCUACACGCAAGGGAGUGCCGACCUGGUCGAUUACCAGAAUUCCGUGGCUUUCAAGACCUACCAGUCCGAGGACAAUUACCUCCGCAUCAACGACGACACUCUCAAGGGGACUUUAUCUUCGGUGGACACAUCCACGAAAAAGAACUUGGAGGGUCUGGUGAAAGUUGGUGAGGACUUGUUGAGGAAGGCGGUCUCGCGAGUUAAUCUCGACACCGGCCACUACGAACCCAUUCCAAAUGCCGGCACCAAUGAGGAAGCCCUCAAAAGGUUUGCGAAGCUACUCUCUGACGAGAAGAAACUCCGUGAGUCGAGAUGUCCGCAUAACAUGCAUGGGACAUAGUUUGCUCAACCAUUCUCUCGCCACAUGAACUUGUGAAUUGAUGAUAAAAAUAAUGUGUUGUUGAAUUGGAAUAAGCAUAGCCCUAUUUGUUUGCAAAUAAAGGGGCUACAAUCGACAUUGUUUUUGUGUGGAUAACUAGGGAUAAAACUCCUAAUGCUAUACCUGAUUAAGGA